AUGACAAACAAGAUCGCCGCCAAAGUGGCAGUCGCAACCCGGCUUGAGCAAAGUCUACAUCUCAGAGACUCGCCGCCAAAGUGGCAGUCGCGAAGUACACUGUCAUUUUCCACCUUUCAGGUACCCGCCGCCAAAGUGGCAGUCGCAAAGUACACUGUCAUUUUCACCCUUGGGUACUUCGCCGCCAAAGUGGCAGUCGCGAAGUACUUCUGUCAUCAGGCACCCGCCGCCAAAGUGGCAGUCACGAAGUACUCUGUCAUUUUCACCUUUGGGUACCCGCCCAAUGCAGUCAGGCAUAUUACCAAAUUUGGUGUGGUCAUGGAAAUCAAUUUCGAAUAUUCCAUGAAAUUUGAUUGGCUCUAUUACACAAAAACACUCUCUUCUAUAUACUAUAGCAACACCAAACAAAUUAUUAUUGUCGUUAUGCACUCACCUAUCGAGCUCGUCGCAAAAGUUUAUAUAAGAGAUAAACUGAGUUUACAAAAGUCAUCAGGGAAUACUCGCCCUAUUCCUGUCAGUACUAAUGAAGAGCGUCAUCAAUCAACUGAAUAG